AUGCCGGUCAGCUCGCGCCUCGCGCAAGAUGCGGUGUACCUUCUUGAUGCGUGGAGCAAAGUCAACGUGGCCAAGAGAGUAUUUGAUCGCAAGACCAUCUCCGAGAUUUUCCACUACGCCAUAGGCGUCAUCGAGAAGACUCCUGACAUGGCCAAGACCGUCAGCAACCGCGACGACGCAGCCUCGUCAUCUUUUGUGCUCAACGCGUCGCAGAUGUCCAAGCCGUGA